AUGACUGAAGUUCUAUACCCUAUUGCGUUUCCUCAGGAGUACGCAUACUUUGGAAUGCCUAAGAGAAAGACUUCAAACUUGGGCAUGUCAUCAAGCUCCGAAGACGCACAGGACUAUGGUAUCUUGGAUGAAAGAACCCUUUUCAAACAACCUCCAGAGAGUUAUUUGAGCACACCAAGGACGUCGCUAUCAUACCACUCUAGUGUCUACCAAGACGAUUCAAUCCAUUAUUCGUACUCUGGUGUUGACACGGCAAAUAUCCCAGCUGGAUACUCAAACCAUUCGAGUGGUCCUGUCUAUAUGCCAUCUCCAGAACACAGUCUUCAUACUUUCCAAGACGAUUACAGUAUGAGCCCGAACUCUCUUUCAAUCGGCAGUGUUCCGAUGCAACAGCAACUCUCUCAUGAGAGUAUCUAUUAUCAUACUCCUGCUCCUUCUACAGACGAUGGUAACUCUUCAGUUCCACCAUCUACUCAGGGCCUUUCAGACUCUUUUAAUCUUAAUGGUGCGCUUUCUUCAUCUUCAUCAUCUUACUCUUCAUACCCUCAGCACGAUAGCGAAACUAAGACAGAGAACCCAGAUCUCUCUAUGGCUUUGCAUAGAUCUAUGCCAGGUAACCGUGGCGAUAAGCCUAAGCGUCAGUUUACCUCUGCACAUGAGGCUGUCUAUACUUGCCAUCUUGACAAUUGCGGUAAACACUUCAAGAGGAUAUGGAACUUUAAGGCGCAUCAGAAUACCCACGACCCAGAUCGCCCUAAGCCAUUCCAGUGUUCACACCCUACUUGUGGCAAGUCUUUCGUGAGGAAGACGGACAAAGAGAGGCAUGAGACUUGUGUUCAUUCUAAGAAGAAGGAAUUCAAAUGUCAUCUUUGCAACAGCAUGUUCGCAAGAAAGGAUACUCUUCGAAGGCACGAGGAUGACGGUUGCGCAAAGCGAAGUGGCUUCCCAAAGUCCAAGUCAAAGAAGAGAAGAAGCCCAAUUAUUCCAAACCGUGAACCAAACCCAUCUCCAAUCAAAUCUUGCUCUUCAUCAAGGAGCGGCUCCAGGAAGUCAUCCUUCGGGUCCCGGCCACCAAUGGAAGCCCAUCUUUUGAUGGGCCGUGCUUACAGGAUCGACUUGGAACGGUCUCCCAGUCUGCAUCUCUGA